UGCCGCGUUAGCCGCAGUCAGAAGGCAGCAGUAGCAGCAGUAGUGGUGCACGCUGCUCCCGGCUCGCUCCUGCUCUCCAUUGUUCCCCCGGUAACAGCCGGAGCUCGUUCCCCCACGUUCCAUCCCCUCCCGCCAGCUCGCGGAAGAAGGGAGCAGAGCAGAGCACGCGGAGGAAGAAGAGGAGGAAACAGUAGAAGAGGAAGAGGAGGAAUCUGUCACCCCUUGCCUGCCCUUCAAAACGGGGAACUGCCAUCAAACCCAUCUCCCCAGCAACACUCUUCUCCCUGUCCUCUUCUCUGUGGAACCUAAGUGCUGAUUUGUUUUUGUUUUUAUAUAUUUAAAAAAAAAAAAAAAACUCCCCUGUGGCUAUUUUUUUUUUUGUUUUUUUUGCGGUGGCUGUUGUUUUUUAUUGUGCUUGUGGCUGUGUUUUUGUUGUUGUUAUUGUUUUGGUCCUUUUUUCCUGUCCUCCGUUCUUUGGAAUUACACGCUUUUGAUGAGCGCCAUGGGGCUGAAGGGGAACAGUGCAAGGACAGCCUGCACCUGGCCCUGCGCUGGGCUCUGUCUCUGGAGGAUACUCCUGCUGCUCACCGGUGCCUGGACGGUGCACUCGCAGACCUCGGAGGAACCCAAGUCAUCACUGUAUUUCUGGGAAACAGGGCCAUGGGGCAGGUGCAUGGGCAGCGAGUGUGGCCCUGGGGGUAGCCAGAGCCGAGCGGUGUGGUGCGCCCAUGUGGAAGGCUGGACCACGCUUCACACCAACUGCCUCCAGACGGACAGGCCGCCCAACCAGCAGAACUGCUUCCGCGUGUGUGACUGGCACAAGGACCUGUACGACUGGAAGCUGGGCUCGUGGAACCAGUGUGUGCCCGUGUCACUGCGGACUGGUGCUGCUCGGCCGGCUGUGUGCCUCGAGGGCGAGGAGGGCAUCCAGACUCGGGAGGUGGGCUGCGUCCUCAAGGCGGGCGCGGCUCCCGCCCACGACGCCAUAUGCGAGUACUUUGAGCCCAAGCCGCGACUCGAGCAGGCGUGCAUCAUACCGUGCUCGCGUGACUGUGUGGUGUCGGAGUUCACGCCCUGGACCUCGUGCUCCAAGACCUGUGGCACGGGGCUCCAGAACCGCGUCCGCAGGGUCCUGGUGCCUCCCAUGUUCGGAGGCUCCGCCUGCCCCAAUCUGACCGACUUCCAGACGUGCAAGCCAGGCCCCUGCGAGGGCCGCGACAGCGUCUUCAGCCUCAGGAUGGGCCGCUGGAGCAACUGCUCACUGCCCGUCACCCGUACCACCAGGCAGGCGCGGCGCCGGAAAGGAGACAGGAAAGAGCGAAAGGGAGGUGGUGGGGCAGGCGGCGUCAAGGACCCCGAGACCCGCGAGCUCAUCAAGAGCAAACGAAACCGCAACCGGAUGAACCGGCAGGAGAGUGACCUGUGGGACAUCCAGGUGGGCUACCAGGCAAGGCAGGUGACCUGUGUACACAGGAACGGCAGCACUGUCGGCCUCAGCUCGUGUCCUCACUGGUCCCUGCCCCCGACCUUCCAGUCGUGCCUGAUGCAGAAGGACUGCACGGUGAGCGAGUGGACAGACUGGGGACCCUGCUCCAAGGCGUGCGCCGACCCCGCCUUGCCCAAGGGCAGCCGCUCGCGCUCCAGACAGGUGCAGCAGUUCCCCGUGGCCGGGGGAGCGGAGUGCCCCACUCUGGAGGAGACUGAGCCCUGCGAACCCCAGGGAGACAACCUGCCCCCCUGCCCCACUUACAGCUGGAGGACCACGGAGUGGAGCGAUUGCCGGGUGGACGCGUUGCUCAGCCAACAGGACCGUCGGCGUAGCAACCAGACGGGGCUUUGUGGGGGAGGCCUGCAGAUCAGAGAAGCGUUCUGUGUGCAGGCCAACGCCGAGCUGAUCUCCUACCUCAGUACCCUCAACAACAAAGAAGAGGGCCAGACACAAAGCAGCCAAAUGCCCAGCACUUCUCCACUGCUCUCCAUCAGCUAUGAGAUUACAGCGUCACAGCCGCUGGACUCUGGGCUGUGCACGACGCCGGUGCCCGACACCACCCAGCUGUGCCACAUCCCCUGCCCCAUCGAGUGCGACGUGUCGCCGUGGGGAGCGUGGGGCCCCUGCACCUUCGAGAACUGCAACGACCAACUGGGAAAGAAAGGUUUCAAGAUGAGGAAGCGUGUGAUCACCAACUAUCCCACGGGGGGAAUGGGCAGCUGCCCCCACCUGAUGGAGGCCAUUCCCUGCGAGGAGCCCGGCUGCUACAGCUGGACGCUGGUCAAGCUGGAGGAGUGCAUCCCCGACGACAACAUGGACUGUGGGCCAGGCUCACAGCUACCCCAAAUCCAGUGCAUCAACAGCGAUGGAGCCCCUGUGGAUAAGGGCCUCUGCAGUGAGCUGACUGCCCCAGGGCCAGCUGUCUGUGAGGUGCCCUGCCCCAGAGACUGUGCCCUCACCCCCUGGACGCCAUGGUCCUCCUGUUCCCAGACCUGCUCCAGUAAGACCACAGAGGGCCGGCAGAUGAGAACCCGCUCCAUCCUGGCCUACAACGCUGGAGAAGGGGGAGCCACGUGCCCCAACAGCACUUACCUCCAGGAGGCGCGCAGCUGCAACGAGCACCCCUGCAUGGUGUACCACUGGCAGACAGGGCCCUGGUCUCAGUGCACCGAGGACCCAUCAGUGGCCAGCACCAACGCCAGCCUCAGCACCAGCAAGGCCUCCUGCUCCAUGGGCCUGCAGACGCGCAAGGUCAUCUGUGUCAAGGUCAACGUGGGACAGGUGCCCCCCAAGAAGUGCCCAGAGGGACCUCGUCCUGAGGCAGUGAGGCCGUGCCUGCUCCCAUGUAAGAGGGACUGCCUGGUCACUCCAUUCAGUGAAUGGUCUGCCUGCACACCGUCCUGUGAACCCGGUGCUGCGGCCCAAAAACCCAAGCAGUCCCGCAGGCGCAUGGUCAUCCAGAUGCCCUCCAACGGGGGCCAGGAGUGUCCCGAGCUGCUACACGAGGAGAAGGAGUGCGACGCCCCAGCCGUCUGCCCUGGCUACAGAUGGAAGACCCACAAGUGGCGGCGGUGUCAGCUGGUCCCGUGGUCUGUCCGCCAGGAGAGUCCCGGUGCUCAGGAGGCCUGCGGAUCGGGACUUCAAACCAGAGCGGUGUCGUGUCGUCAGCUGGACGGCUCUGUGGCAGACGUGGGCCAGUGCCUGAAGCUGCCCAGCACCAUGCCCCUCAUCAUGCAGCCCUGCCAGCUGCCCUGCCAGGAUGACUGCCAGCUCACCCAGUGGUCCAAGUUCUCGCCCUGCGACUUCGACUGCGUGGGCGUGCGGACUCGCAGGAGGGCUCUCGUGGGCAAGAGCAAGAAGAGGGACAAGUGUAAGAACAGCCAGCAGUUCCCGCUGAGCGAGACCCAGUACUGUCCAUGCGACAAGUACAACGCGCAGCCCGUGGGCAACUGGUCAGACUGCGUCCUGCCAGAGGUGCGUCCUGAAGGCACACCAGUCGCCAAGGUGGGCAUGGGCACGGUCGAUGUUAGAGAGUGCGGGCAGGGCUACCGCUACCAGGCCAUGGCGUGCUACGACCAGAAUAACCGGCUCGUGGAGACAUCGCGCUGCAACAGCCAUGGCUACAUCGAAGAGGCGUGCAUCAUCCCCUGUCCAUCCGACUGCAAACUGAGCGAGUGGUCCAACUGGUCCCGCUGCAGCAAGUCAUGUGGCAGCGGGGUCAAAGUUCGCUCCAAGUGGCUCCGCGAGAAGCCGUACAAUGGUGGCCGGCCAUGUCCCAAACUGGACCACAUUAAUCAGGCCCAGGUGUAUGAGGUGGUUCCGUGUGUGAGUGACUGCAGCCAGUACAUCUGGGUGGCAGACCCAUGGAGCGUGUGGAAGGUCAGCAAUGUGGACCUGAAAGAGAACUGCGGAGAGGGUGUCCAGACCCGGAAAGUCAGGUGUAUGCUGAACACGGUGGACGGGCCUGCGGACCCCGUGGAGGACUACUUGUGUGACCCGGAGGAGAUGCCCUUGGGGACGCGGGAGGGUCGGCUGCCCUGUCCAGAGGACUGCGUCCUGUCAGAUUGGACUGCCUGGACCCCCUGUAACAUGCCAUGUGAUGGGCGCAUGGACAGGAUCCGGACAGCGUACGCCAUCAGGCAGCCGGGCGGUGGGAAGGAGUGUCCAGACAGCCUGGAGACAGAGGUCUGCCUCCUCAACAAGAACUGCUACCAUUACACCUACAACGUCACAGACUGGAGCACCUGCCAGCUGAGCCCAAGCGCUGUGUGUGGGGUGGGCCUAAAGACCAGGAUGCUGGACUGCGUCCGCAGCGACGGCAAGUCUGUGGACCUGAAGAUCUGCGAAGAGCUGGGCCUGGAGAGGAGGUGGCAGAUGAACAUGUCCUGCACAGUGGAGUGCCCCAUCAACUGCCAGCUCUCCGAUUGGUCCGCCUGGUCGGAGUGCUCCCACAACUGCGGACUGGAAGGGCGAAUGUGGCGAAAGCGGACAGUGAUGCGGGCAUCUCAGGGGGAUGGAAGGCCAUGCCCGGCGCAGAUGGAGCAGUGGAAGCCAUGUCCAGUGCGGCCUUGCUACAGAUGGCAGUACAGCGCUUGGUCAGAGUGCAGGGUGGAGGAGGUGGUGUGUGGAGAGGGCCUGCGUUUCCGCAACCUGUCGUGCGUGGUGUCGGACGGUUCUCCCCAGGGCGAGGGCAGUGUGGCAGAGGAGGAGCUGUGUGUGGAACUGGAGGUGGCCGUGGAGGGGGACAAACGCAUAGUACUAGAGGAGCCCUGCACUCUGCCCUGCCCAGGUGACUGCUACCUGAUGGAGUGGUCCGACUGGAGCCCCUGUCAGAGUGUGUGUGUGAAGGGCCAGCAGCUGGACUUCCCUGCUCUGCAGGCCCGCUCGCGCGCCGUCAUCGCACAGGAGCCGCAGAACCUCAUGCAGUGCCCCGACCAGGAGUGGGAGUCCAGACGCUGCACCGAUGGAGAGUGUUUUGAAUACAAGUGGAUGGGCAGCGCGGAGUCAGGCUACUCCGACAUGAUCUGGUGCCAGCGCUCAGACGGAGUGAAUGUCACAGGUGGCUGUCCUCCACUGCCCCAGCCUGGAUCAGAACAGCUCUGCAACCCACCAUGUGACAAGCCAAAGUCCUUCUGCUCAGAGACGGGUUUGUGCAUGUGCGAGGAGGGCUUCACCGAGAUGCUGACCUCAGAGGGCCUGCUGGACCAGUGCGCUCUCAUCCCUGUGCUGGAGAUCCCCACGGCCGGCGACCAGAACGCAGACAUCAAGACCAGCCGCACCAGCAACCCCACCCUGCCCACCACCGUGCAGCCCGGCAGAAGCGGGCGCACCUGGUACCUCCAGCCCUUUGGGCCAGAUGGCAAGCUGAAGACGUGGGUGUACGGUGUUGCUGCUGGUGUACUGGUGCUUCUCAUCUUCAUUGUGUCUAUGAUCUACCUAGCUUGCAAAAAGCCAAAGAAGCCCCAGAGGAGACAAAGCAACAACAACCGCCUGAAGCCUCUGACGCUGGCCUAUGACGGAGAUGCUGACAUGUGAAGCCUCUGACGCUGGCCUAUUAUGACGGAGAUGCUGACAUGUGAAGCCUCUGACGCUGGCCUAUGACAGAGAUGCUGACAUGUGAACUCCAGGGAUGGGACUGGCUUCAUUCAAACCCUAUUAAGAAAUCUAUCAAUGACCUACUGUAUAUUAACCACCUUCAGAGCCCCACUUUGGACUCCAGCUAUUGGAUUAAUAUGGAGAUAAGAGAUAAGAAGAGUUAAAAAAAAUGAUAAUAUCUCCACCGUGACGAGUUAUAGGCCGUGCUGAGUAGGAACUGUUAUGCAACAGCCUUCAUGAAUUUCCAGAGACAACAAGAAUAUGCCUUUGUUUUUGUGGUUCAUCUAAAAAGACAGCUUUUAAAAAAUGAAAGAUCUGCCGAUGCGAGUCAGAUGUUUUUUUUUUGUUCUUCUUUACUUUGAGCGAAUCAGCACAAGUGCAUAAUUUCCUUUCUUUGUCUCUAUUUCUGUAUCUGUGUCUAUGUGUGUGUGUUUGUGAGUGAGUGAGUGUGUGUGUGUGUACGUGCGUGUUUGUGUGAGCUUUUUCUUCCAUGUGAGUUCACCCCCCUCAUCUACAAGUCUUGAAGUGGGAGGGCGGUGGCGGGGUGUGAGAGGUUGCUGACUCGUGGAUUUCACAUUGCCAAAAGCGGAGAGAGAAAGUCUUUCAAUAUUGUUCAUCAAAAGGAUUUUUCACCUCAUUUCUCGCAAUUGCCCCCCACCCACCCCCCUGUACUCCAGGACCCGCUCCUCUGUUGCAGUGCCCUUGAGCCGAGGCCUUUUUCUGGGGGGAGGCGUGAGAUGUACAGAUCUUUUGACACAAACAAUCUUGACUGGAGCUACUGCCUGCUUCCCGUGCUCUUGAUCCAGAUCCUUAUUGUGCACUAUAUUAGUGCAGCAUGGUAUGCACUUAUGUCUAGUAUUGCCAUAGAAAACCGCCUCUCUCUCUUUGCAAGAAGGUAAGCAGUUGUAUGACACAAGACAAAAAAAAAUAUUUUCAUUGAGAUUCACUGGAUAUGUGAGAAAUUUGAAUAUAUCUACAUUUGACAUUGAUCACCCAAGAUAGAUUGUGCAGUAAUGGUGAAUACAGUUAUGUUGCUCAUGUCACCGUACGUAAUGUUUUAUUCUACUCCGAGUUAUGUUUGUGAUCUUCAAAUUCCUUUUUUGGUACAUUUCUCUUUAUAAUUUCAAUCACUUUUUUUAAGGUCUUUUUCCUGCUUUUUUGUGAUUUGUAAAAUGUUUAUUCAUGUACAGCACAGACCCAUGUUUUUUGAGAGAAAGCUGUUUCUUUUUUGUGAGUUUUUGUGCAAGAACCACAUACCCUGAAACAUUUGUACAGACGGGUUUUUGUUUUGGUGUGUUUAGACAAGGUGCAUGUCAUGCAAGAUGCCGAUAGUACCAGAUGUACUGUACAGUAAAUGGUGGCAUCACUUGCUAUACAGGCGAUCAUACUUGCCAUUGCACAGUCCACAGCUGGUAAAAAUAGACUGAAAGACAGUUUACAAUGCAAGAGAGUAUAACAUUCAGUUUUUAGUGAUACUGUUCACAAGUUGUCUAAAGACAUGGUGUUGGUCUGGUGCUCCGCUAAUAAAAAAAAAUGGAUGAAUCUUCUGUAAAUGUGAAAGUGGAACCUCAUCGGGAACUCCAAAAUAUGUGUUGACAAGGGUUAGAAUCCCUACAUUCUAUUAACGACAUUGCAGAUGCAUUAUGGGGAAUGAGAUUGGAGUUUUGACAGGAAGAAGUGUUCUAUUUCGUCAGGAGAGUUUGUAAGUCAUCAUUCGUGAUUUGAUCCUUUAAGAAAAUCCUCAUGAACUAACAUGGACCAAUAAAAGGGGCUGGCGCUGUAGUGUCUUUCAAAGGAAUUACCCAUAUCAUAAUUACUUUAAUUACUAAAGCAGAUAUGCGGACGCUUGGCAGUAAACAAUAUGAUGUGAAAAAAAGGAAAAUAUUAAAAUAUCAAAGUAAGCCUAAAGCAUAUUGUAUUUUCCAAGCACUAAGUUGCAAUCUAAUAGCAGAAUAGUUCAAUAUCACCAGUCUAGCCAAUGCAAACAACUGGUGAGACGAAUGUUUACUCUCUUUUCUGUUUAUUUUGAGUUGUAAAUAAUGAAAAGCUAUUUUUUAUUUUUGAAUAUACGUAUAAAUAUAUAUAAAUGUGUAAACCUCUUUUGUAUUGCACAGAAUUUGUUUAGUAUAAAUUGCAAAGUGGGUUAAUAUAUUUGCUGAUCUUUGUUCACAAUGUUCAAUUUCAUUGUUGUAAAAAAAUGUAACAAGGUUCAGUCGUUUUUUGUACAGAGGUUGUUUAUGUAUCUGGUAAACUACAGAUAAUAAAUAACAAAAUAUAUGGACACACUAAA